AUGGCCGGCCAGCUACACAUCCCGACGCUCAAGUUCGCCGUACAAAAGAGAGACCCGGGAAACGGAUUCAGGAAAAGAGAACUCAAUUCGAACCUUCAGACUAUGUCGCUCACUGCUCAUUCCGGGGUCAAGGUCGUUCGUAUUCAACGGGGACCUGCCACCCUCAUCGAGACGCCACGGCACGAUGACUUCUUGAAUCCUGGUGAUGUGUGCUGGGUGAUUCCGAUUGUGGCUGCUAUAAAGGAGUUGACGGGUGAUCUUGAACAGGACAUGCUGGAUGCUUUCGACGAAUUCUACACGGUCACUGUGGAUGGUGAGGACAGAAAAGUUUCCGUCAAGUCUGAUACAGAACUUGGCAAGUUUCUAGACCUGUUUGCUGACGGAGGAAGGCAAUGUGUGAAACUUGCUUGGCUCCCAGCGCACUGCUACGACUAUCCUCACGAUGCCAAGCCCGCAGCAUUGUGCACCGAGGAUCAGGCGAAGGUGUUGCUUGAACGCCUUAAGACGACACCGCAAUUCUGUGAUCGGUUCCUGGUGGAAGAUGGUCAGGGGGCGGAGCUUCAGUUGCGAGUCAUGAACAUGCGCCGUACAUACGGGGUCAGUCCCCUUGCGCUGUUUCAUCCACCUGGGCUGCUUGAGAUCCCUGAGCGGAAAACAACGAUCGUCUUCCCGGGCACGCGCCUCGUCUUCCUGGUUUCAGCCCACGAACAGGUUGACAAAGAGUGCUGUCGAUUGACCAGGUUGGAAGAGAACCAGCUGUUGAACAUCGAACGGGUUCAGGUGUCCAAAGGCUUCACAGUCGCUUAUCAGGAGAGCAGUCUGAAGGCGCUCCUAGACUUCACGAUGGAGCUUGUAGUGCCGGGAACUGCCGAGGAGCGCACGGCGUGGGAGAAGUACUUGAAUCUGGCGAUGGAGGUGCUGGUUCCCGAAAGCGAGCGGGCUGAGCGGGAUGCGGCCAAGGCGUCGCAUCGUGCACAAGAGGUAGAGGAGCGCCGGGCCCUGAAUGAGGAGCGCAAGAAGCGCCUCUCGGAGGGUCUGGGGAUGCGCUUUACAGCCGAGGCGAUGGUAGCCCGCGGCACGUGA